AUGAAUGUAGAUUUUAGGAUUCGUAUACUUUUCAGGUGUGUAAAUGAAACCCAGCGCAUCUGUUUUUUCAUUUUCAGCGGACAAAUAUUGAUGAAUGUGUUCGUCAUUUCCGUGCUUAUGAUACAAAUGGUGGCAUCACUUUUGCCUACGGCAAUAUUCAACAGCGGCUGGCAAUAUACUGGCGGGAAGGCAACAGUUCGCGUCAGGAGACUUCUGGUGGUCGCCAUUACACUUGCUCAAAGACCGGUGAUAAUGCGCAGUUUCUACAUCGUUGAGUUGUCAUACCAGUCUUUCGUUUCGAUAGUGAAGUUAUCAUACUCCGUUUUUUCAAUUUUGUAUUGAGAAGAAGAGAAAGCAAAAUUAUGUAUUUAGUUAUAUAAUGUAUAAUACACGGACGAGUUAAAAAGAAGGACUCCGUGUCACCUACAUGAAAAUGAAGCAUCAAAACAAGCCAGUUAACGUGUAAAUACAUAAUAUGUCCCACGCACAUACUUACACUUAUAUAAAAGCCGAUCAGCCGCCAUUAUGAGUACUGCCAUUGUCUGUGACGGAUCAGUUUACGUCGCAUUUGAAAUAUUUAGAAAAUGGUGCUGCCUGGGCGGUAUAUUCCAACAGAAUCGAGCGCACGCAUUUUGCACUCGUUGGAUGGAACAUUUUGUUUUGUACAGUAAUCUUGGCCCAUACACCACGUCACAGUAAUUGAUCUUUGAUAGUACAAGUGCUUCACAUAAUCUAACUCGAAGUUCUGUACUUAAAUAUUUUCGAAUCUUUGUAACACAAAACCUCCGCUACGCUUCAAAGUUACAUCCCGUGUGACCGGAAAAUAAACAGGGACUUCACCCGAAAAAUUGGGUAAUCCAUUUAGUAGCCGGCCCUUAUUUGAGCGCUUUAUAAGGCGCGGUUCCGGCCACAACGAAUAUCGUUCUCAUCUUUGAUCUGGUGCACCCCAAUAUCAGUUCUAACUUUUUAAUCGCGUGCAACACAGAGCUGCUCGAAUUGUCGGGCAUCCAGUACUCUGUCCAAAUUUUCAUCACUUGGCGUUUUGCAAAGGCGUGGCGUCUUAGAAGACACAAAAUGACCGACAGGUAGGUAGACCGCAUUUAUCACGGAAAUAACAGUAUGGAUUGUAAUUUUGUCUGUCUACGGAGAUGAAGCUGUACCGAGAACUUAAGGUUAAGACCCUUUACACUUUAUGUAAGUGUUACUUUUUGACGUGUAUUUACUUAGCAACCACAUCUAUAUAAAACACAUUGUUGUUUGUUCUCUAAAAAUCUACUUAUUUAAAACGACAUCAGUGGCAAACAAACGAAUAUGAAUUCUUAUAUAAGAAAUGUUAGUACGUCAUGUUUAUAUCAGUUAAAAUAAAGAUACUGCAAACAAGACAUGGGCACAGGGAUCAAACCCGCAAUCCUUAGUUUCAAAGUGUAAUUGUUUUUUUUAUGUUAUUUACUCAUAC